AUGAAACUUAUAUAAAUCAAGUUUAGAUUUAUAAGUANUUAAAAUUAACAUUAGCAUUUUAUUAAAUCAUUAGAUCAUUUGAAUUUAGCAGAACCUGGUGAUUCUUGUUUUGGAUUAUUUCCACCAUGUUAUUCUUAAAUUACAGAAACUCUUAUUAUAAAGAAUGGAAAUAAAUUGAAUUUAGUAAAUUUCAAAUUUCCUAUUUCUAAAGAAGGAAUUAAAAUAAAGGAAAGUGAAGAAUUUUGGACAUGCAAAUUACAAUAAGUAAUUGAAUUAUAAGAUUCCUUUAUGUUUGGCUCGAUGAGUUUAGAUGGAUAAUAUAUUGUAUUGUGGGAUAUACGUUCAUUUGAUAUUCAAAUUAGAAAAUACAUAUCUCAAUCUUGA